AUGGAAUCUGAGGACGAAGAUCUUAUUUUUGAGAAUUCUGUUUUACAUCAAGCACUUAUGGAUAUUGGUGUCUGUAACCUGCAGACAGAACCUAGACUACAGUUGGAAGCAGAUUCCUUCAAAGGACCAGAGUUAUCUAGAGAAACUAACAGAUUGUCUAGUGUUACUGAGACAAACAAGUCUUGUAAACUGCAUUCAAAUCUUUUUAAUAGGCUUUUCUACACUGAAAAAGUGAUAGAAGAAGUGCACAAUUAUCACAGAUAUGACAUGCUAAAGUGGCUUAUAUCAUCACAACUUCUGUCUGAGGAAGACCAGAUGUUUCUGCAAAGUUAUGUGGAUGAGAAGGCUCCAACAAGGGAUGCUGCAAAAUGUCUUUCAUCAUACACUUUUCACCUCAUGAUUGCCAGUCUGAUCCUUGUUAAUGUACUGUGUCCAACGGACCUGCUGUCAUCCUGGUGGAUGUUACUCCUUGGCUGUAUGCCACAAGUAUCUGGAUUGUACACUUAUACACAUGUUUUCACUCCCAUCUUGGUUAACAUUAUCUGGGUGCUGUGUGUUGCUGUGCCUCUGUUGUUUCUGAAGAAGAGAACUUGUCAACAGAUUCUCUCUCAAAUGGAAAAGCAAGACAAAGCCAUUAAAGAUGUGGUGAUGGCAUCUGUGGAAUUGCUGCAGCUAGAAAGAAAAUGCUUAAGACUUGUUAAAGAAUCUGAAUUGGUCGCAAGAGGUUUUACAAUUGCAAGUCAACAUUAUGUGGCUUCCCACAGUAGUCAGAUGAAUGCCUCUUCUUCUUUAGAUCAGCUGUGUCCUGCCUUGAGAGAGGUCAUGUUUUCACAGAACAUGCUCAUCACACAAGAAAUUAAGAAAUCGGUGGGGAAAAUGUUGAGAGGAUCUGUGGGAUUACUGAGUGUUUACCUUUCUGGAUUAGUCAGAAGACUAGCCUUGUGUUUCUGUCCUGAAAACCUCAGAGACAAAACAGUUAACCCAUAUGAGGCCACAAGGGAAUGCACUGAAAUGUCUGGAAAAGCAGUCAAAAGCGCGACAACUUUACUGAAGCAAUCAUACAAAUUCUACAGAGCAUUCCAUAAAUCUGACGAAACCACAGCUCCAAGAAAAGUGCAGAGGUCAAGGCUGUUGGGUCAGAGUCAGAUUUACAACCUGUAUGUUUGUGUAAAUAGCCUUGAUCUUCAUUUACAGUCAUUGCUACAAUUAACUAGAAAUCUAGCAAUAAAGCUUGAAGACAGAGUUGACAAGGAACAGCAAAGGCUAGCAGGUGAAGAUGAAGGAACCGGUAUAGAGAUCAGGAGUAUCAGUGAAGAGGAUAAGGCAGUGUGGGAAGACACACUGAAGAGAAUUAAGUCAAGCCUGGAGUCUUGUAAAGGCUGUUAUGAAGAAAGUGUGAAGCAUCUUUGUCAAAAGGCAGAUACAGACAGAACAACAAAUGGUUUUGUCAAGGAGGCAAACCGUGAUGUGACCCAGUCGUCACAGACAAAAGUGGUUGUGGUUCCAGCAGAAGAUCCAGUUAUUGUUGACCAGGUAUUUGAAGCGACUGUGGACACAGAUGAAGAAGAAGAAUAUCCAGCACCAAGACGUCUAUACAGUACAGAGCAAAAAGUGAAACAUCAAGAGGACAAAGAAGCGAUUAAAAGAUUUAGGCAGGAACUACAAACUGUUGUGGGUCACAGAGCCGUAUUUCACAAAGCAAGAGAAGAACGAGCACUGGCCAGAGCAAGAGGAGAAGUGAUCCCAGAUGAAGAGGAGAUCCAUGCACAGCCAUUUGAUGGUGUUCAAGUCAAGAGUCGUGAAAUCAUGAAACAAAAUGAGGAUGGUUUUGCUACAGAGGAGGGGCAGCAAGUAUGUGCUGUGGAUACACAGAAACAGCAGAUAGAAAACAAUCUAAGGCUAGCAACAGAAGGGGAUUCAAAGUCAUCUAAUGGAACGCAACCAACAGAAAAGGAUCUUGGCGUAUUCUCUCCUGUGCAGAUAGACAAGAAAACACAAAAUAGAACUUUUGAUACAUUGGAAAAAGAAUCACAGUCUUCAGGAAAUGAGAUCGAGCAUCAUAAAGACAGCUCAUCAGGUUACUGUAAACAACCUUGCUCAUACCACAGUAGUGGUUUCAGUGACCAGUGCUUUUCUAACACUUCAAACCAUGACAUGGACUCAAAAACACAGAGUGAUCUUUCUCAGAGAAAAUAUAUUACUUCAGUCAGCAGCAGGACUGAGUUUGUAAGUCAUGAAGGUGAAAAUAGCCAAAGAAUUACUGAUGUCAGUCUACCGUCAGCUUUACACAGCCUAAACUUUACAAAAAACAUUGCCAUGAUGGCCGCCUCACAGGCCAGAACUCUGACUAGCUCUUAUCUGGAGGAGGAACAGUUUGGGGAUAAUAGCAGUGAUUCUGAUGUCACCCAAGAUGAACAAUGCGACUCAUGA